AUGCUCUGCCAUGACUGCCAAUGUCUGGUUCAGGAGGCAGAUCGAGCCUUCCACGGUGAUCCAGCUCCAACCUCCCCACGAGAAGUCUGCACGCAAGCCUUCCAGAAAUCCGUUUACGAGAAGUGCUAUCUGUGCACAAGGCUCUUGAGCCAGCUCGGAGACGAGAAAUGGCAGCGAAUCCUCCAGGAGCUGCCAAAGACAAACGUGGUUGUCUUCGACAAGACUUUCAUAUUUGAGAGGGAUGUAUACCUUCUAAUCCGCCUGGGCUGCAAAUUGACCCCAAUCCUUGAUCCAAGCCACAAUGAUAGCAAACCUGCCUUGCUAGGAAAGAGUUACUCUUAUGGCUAUUUGCAAGCCGCUCUAUUGCCGCAGGACGCACAAAGUCCCAGCUCAUGUUACCCAUCUGUUGUUCAAUAUGCCAAAUCCGCGACUACGACCUCAGACUUGGAAGUCCUGGAUCUAGCUGGUCAUUGGCUUGAGAUCUGCACGUCGAAUCAUUCGAGAUGUCGCGAACUAACGUCGCAAUCCUCGACCUAUCCCAGCCGCCUCAUUGACGUCUCACCCAGUACCGAGGCUGGCGAUGUGUGGAAGUUGGUGGAUGUCGACACUGAAGCUGUGACCGGUCCGUACAUCACCCUGUCGCAUCGAUGGGGAAGCGGAACAGUCAAACUCCAGCGGGAUACUCACAAGCAAAUGCUACGAGGGAUGCCUGUUUCUACCUUACCACGGACCUACCAGGAAGCAAUAACUGUGACGAGGCACUUGGAAGUGCGCUAUCUGUGGGUGGAUUCCAUAUGUAUAUUCCAGGACGAGCGCCUCGAUAUACAGAAAGAAGCUGUGAGAAUGGCAGAAGUAAGUAAUGCGCUAUGCAAUAUCUCAGCCCUCUCCGGUAGGGACGAUGGUCUCUUCUGCCACCGCGACCCUGAAACUAUCAGCAGCAGCAGCGUGUUCCUCCAUCACAACGACUACCAUCUCAGCCACUCCUACUUGAUCAAUGACCUGGAUCUUUGGCGUGGCGAGCUCGUGCACAUGCCCUUGACAACGCGUGGUUGGGUUCUGCAAGAAGAAGUGCUUGCCAACCGCACACUCUACUUCGGCGCCCGUCAAGUCCUAUGGGCCUGCAGAACAUCUCGAGCGUGUGAAACGUACCCAUCAAUAGGAUCCGACACGCGCCGAUCCAUGGAGCAUCAGGGCUCGGCGAUGAGCAGCGCCUUGGAUGAGAAGAGACAGAUUCUUCGCGAUAGUGAACUCGAAUCAAUUACUUCGCUGGUUUCGUUCGUAAAGGGACGAACGGACACAUUUGCUCCACCACCUCCUAUACAGAACGAAUUUCUGACCGUCUGGGCGCGCUUCGUUUCUCACUACUCAACACGAGCUCUGACUUUUCCCACGGACAAGCUUCUCGCGAUUGCUGGGGUUGCUAGAGUCCUGAGCCGUGCGAUCUGUGAUCGGUUCGUGGCUGGCCUGUGGGAGUCACACCUUAUGGAAGGGCUAUUAUGGUACAUUCGCACAAGCACGAUCACAGAGCGACCUACUAAAUACCGUGCACCUACUUGGUCAUGGGCUUCGUGCCAGGGGUAUGUUAUCCAUGCGGAACCCUUCCAGGAUUCGCGGACGGUUGCCCGAGCCUUGAACGUCGUAUGUGAGACAGCCUCUGGGGAUGAGUGUGGAGUAGUUGAUUUUGCUCUGUUGACUCUACAGGCAUGUUGUCUCUGUCUACGGCUGGACGAACACGGCAUCUGGACAGCUUUUUAUGGCAGGCACAAAGUCCCCCGGCUUCUCGUGCGACUCGACACCAGUGAAGAUAUCACCAAGCUGGGAAGAGUCCGCGGGGCUGUUAUACGGACGACGGCAUACAGACUGACUAGAUCGGACGUGCAACCUGAAGAGAAAGGGAAAAUACUGCUUGCCGCGCAGGGAAUCAUCCUUGCAGCAACGUCCACGAAAUCACCAUUACAACCAUUGCAUGCCGCUCCACUUGACAAAAGCAAUACGCCAACGAUCAGAGGAGAUGUCCAGUAUCGACGGAUCGGCUACUUUGCUCUCGAAGAUCGAAAGGGCGGGACGUUGACGCCCAAGUGGUUGGCCCCAGGCUGUCGCAUCUUCCGCGCCCCUUCACAACUGGCUUCGGAUCAAUCCUCUGGGCAGAUGAAGAAUUUCGACUUCUUGGGACAGCAAGAACUCAUGAGCACCUUUGAUAUCGUCUGA